AAUUGAUCGUCCCAUCAUAUUCAUCAUCCAACAUCCACCCUACUUAUUUGUUUUUCUUUUUAUCUUUCUCUCUCUGCGCCUAUCUUUUUCAAUUGAAUUUUCUUUUCUUUCAUUGAAAAUUAAACCAACGAAUAAAGAAGAAGAAAAAUAAAACACAAGCAAAUCUUUCCCGUGAAAGGAUCCCAUGGAGCACUACUUCUUUCAAUGAACCCUAAACACCCUCAAUUAUCAUACUCUUAUUUGACUGACCUAAUCAAACAGAAGCAGCUAAUAAGGGUUUGUCAAUUGUGAGUGAUUGAUAAAUAGCUUGGAUUUUGGAAUCUCUCCCUACACUUGGAUUUCAGAUAAAAACAAAAUCCCAGGUGGGAAAAAUUCAUCACUGCCCAUCAACAGUUCAUCACCAAAACCCCAACAGUUUCCUCUUCUUUUUUUCCAAGUCAAUGGAUUCUGCCUCCGGAGGGAGUGACAAUAGCAUCAAAGAGGCUAUACCAGCAACAGCUUCAGCCCUGUUGUCCGCGGCUUCACAACAAGGAGGAGGAGGUGGUAGUGAGUCGUCUCCUUCCCCAGCUCCACCGAGUAGGUACGAGUCACAAAAGCGUCGAGACUGGAACACUUUCUUGCAGUACUUGACCAACCAUAAACCCCCAUUAACACUAGCUCGUUGCAGUGGCGCACACGUAAUUGAGUUCUUGAAAUACCUUGACCAGUUCGGCAAGACUAAGGUUCACAUAACGGAUUGUCCCUAUUUCGGACAUGUAAACCCACCUGCUCCCUGCGCUUGCCCACUGAAGCAAGCGUGGGGUAGCCUCGACGCGCUGAUCGGACGGCUCAGAGCUGCUUAUGAAGAAAACGGUGGACGUCCAGAAUCCAACCCUUUUGGCGCAAGGGCUGUGAGGAUUUAUUUGAGGGAAGUGAGAGAAGGGCAGGCUAAAGCUAGAGGGAUUCCUUAUGAGAAGAAGAAGCGAAAAAGGCCCACCGUCACAACUACGGCUGUCGGGGUCAAUGUGUCCAGGACUUCCACUCAACCAGUUGAUGGCGGUGGGGGUCGCGGCGGCAUUGGUGGUGGAGAUGAUAGUGUUGGUGCUAAAACUGGGGCAAAUGUUGGUAGUGCCACCGCAGUUGCUGCUGCCACCACUAAUAGCGCGGGUGGCAUGUAAAGAAGACAAUAUCAUGUUUUUGCUUCUAACUAUUAAUCCAUCAAUCUUUUUCUCCUUCCGUCUUCCCCAUUCCUAGACAAGGAGCAAAAUUUCAUCCUCAUUCCUCUGCAAGGAACAAAUGGGUCACUUUAGAUUCGGGUUUCUAUCAUGCCAAGGAAACUUGGCUUCUUGUCAUUAUUUAUAUCCCUAAUAGGUUUCUCUUUCGUUCCUUGUUUUGAGUUUUUGACCUGGUUCCGGUUGGUAAGCUCCAAUCAGAUGCAUGCAGAUGUAUGGAAUUCAUUAUUUAUGGAGAAGAAAUCUAUUUUGUUUGGAAAAAGGUUGAAGAAAGUUGCACUAAUUUCCUUUCCUUCCCCAUAGGGCGGCCAUAAUGUACAAGGAAGGGACCAUUAAAUCUUGAACAGUUUCAUAUAGAUAUAAAUUUCCAUUUUCUAGUUUUGUUUUACACUAUGGUGUGUGAGUGUCGGGUUAAGAUUUGUUUGUAACUAUAUCUAAGACAAACUUAGGCUGGUUGGGAAUGAAAGAGGGCAAAAUCUAGCCAAAUGUUUUCCAGUUUUAUUACAACAACAACACUUUACACUUCUCAACUGUGCAUCUGGUCCCGGGGCUCCCCCGCAAGGGGCAAUACCAAUUCUGCUUUGCUUUGA